UAAGCAGCACCGUAGAUGAAAUUCCACAGCUCGUUCGUUGUUUGCUGCAGGAGAGCAGUGGGUGGCAUCAGUUUCUGUCUGUUUCUCAGGAGCAUUGCGGCCACGGAUCAUGAACCGACAGAUGCCAGGAAAUCCUUCCCCUGCUUUGACGAGCCCAACAAAAAGGCAACUUACACAAUAUCUAUCAUCCACCCCAGUGAAUAUGAUGCAAUUUCAAACAUGCCAGUGGCGAAAAAAGAGCCAGUGGAUGGCACCUGGACUCGAACAACUUUUGAGAAGUCUGUCCCCAUGAGCACUUACCUGGUGUGCUUUGCUGUGCACCAGUUCACCUCCAUACAGAAAAUCUCAAACAGUGGGAAACCCCUCACUAUUUAUGUCCAGCCAGAGCAAAAGCACACAGCUGAAUACGCAGCAAACGUAACCAAAAUUGUGUUUGAUUACUUUGAAGAAUACUUUGGCAUGAAUUACUCUCUUCCUAAGUUAGAUAAAAUUGCGAUUCCAGAUUUUGGCACAGGAGCCAUGGAGAACUGGGGGCUCAUCACGUACCGGGAGACCAACCUGCUCUACGACCCCAAGGAGUCCGCUUCCUCCAACCAGCAGCGCGUGGCUGCUGUGAUUGCCCACGAACUUGUGCACCAGUGGUUUGGGAAUAUCGUGACCAUGGACUGGUGGGAUGACCUGUGGCUGAACGAAGGCUUUGCCUCUUUCUUUGAGUUCCUGGGAGUGAACCACGCAGAAAAAGACUGGCAAAUGCGUGACCAGGUGUUACUUGAAGAUGUGUUACCUGUGCAAGAAGACGACUCACUAAUGUCUUCUCAUCCAAUUAUUGUUUCUGUGGCGACCCCUGCUGAAAUCACAUCUGUUUUUGAUGGAAUAUCAUACAGCAAGGGAGCUUCCAUUCUGAGAAUGCUGGAAGACUGGAUGACUCCGGAGAAGUUUCAGAGAGGAUGCCAGAUUUACUUGCAAAAGUUCCAAUUCAAGAAUGCGAAAACUUCAGAUUUUUGGGAAGCUCUGGAGGAGGCCAGUAGCCUGCCCAUCCGGGAAGUGAUGGACAGCUGGACCCGGCAGAUGGGCUACCCCGUGCUGAGCGUCGGGGACGGCAGGGUCAUCAGGCAGCAGCGCUUCCUGCUGGACGCGAGAGCCGACCCGUCCCAGCCGCCUUCGGAUCUCGGUUACACAUGGAACAUUCCAGUUAGAUGGACCGAAAAAAAUCUGUCAGACAUUACAGUCUACAAUAGGUCAGAAAAAGGAGGAAUCACUUUGAACUCUCUUGAUCCUACUGGAAAUGCUUUGCUCAAAAUAAACCCGGAUCAUAUUGGGUUUUAUCGUGUAAAUUAUGAAGUACCAACUUGGGGACAGAUAGCUUCGGCUCUUGACUCAAACCACACGGACUUUUCUUCUGCUGACCGUGCAAGUCUUAUCGACGAUGCUUUUGCCCUGGCAAAAGCUCAGCUCCUAAAUUACAGCGAGGCUCUGACCUUGACCAAGUACCUCGGCCGGGAGCGGGACUAUCUGCCGUGGCAGAGAGCCAUCUCGGCCGUCACAUACAUCAUCAGCAUGUUCGAGGAUGACAAGGAGCUGUACCCACUGAUUGAGGAAUACUUCCGAAGCCAAGUGAAGCCCACUGCAGAUUCUCUAGGAUGGACAGAUACUGGUGACCACCUCACAAAGUUGCUCCGUGCCUCUGUGCUAGGCUUCACCUGCAAGAUGGGAGACUCGGAAGCCUUGAAAAAUGCUUCCCAGUUGUUUGAGCAGUGGCUGACCGGGACUGUAAGCAUUCCUGUAAAUCUCAGGCUUCUGGUUUAUCGGUAUGGCAUGCAGAACUCUGGCAAUGAGACUUCAUGGAACUACACUCUGGAACAGUACCAGAGUACUUCGUUAGCGCAAGAAAAAGAAAAACUGCUGUACGGAUUAGCAUCAGUGAAGAGUGUUCCUCUUUUGGCAAGGUAUUUGGAUUUGCUCAAGGAUUCAAACAUCAUUAAAACUCAGGAUGUGUUUACAGUCAUCCGCUAUAUCUCCUACAACAGUUACGGGAAGAGCAUGGCCUGGAACUGGGUACAGCUGAACUGGGACUACCUGGUCAGCAGAUUUACGAUCAAUAACAGAAACCUGGGCCGGAUUGUCACGAUAGCAGAGCCGUUCAACACAGAAUUACAGCUCUGGCAGAUGAAGAGUUUUUUUGAAAAAUAUCCAGAUGCUGGAGCAGGAGAAAAACCUAGGGAACAAGUCCUGGAAACAGUGACAAACAACAUAGAAUGGCUUAAGCAAAAUAGAGACGCCAUAAGAGAGUGGUUUUCUAAUUUACCCAAGAAUGGUUAAUGUGUCCAAAUGCCAUUUUAAUUUUGUGACUGUUGUUUCUCCUAUUAAGCAAAACAUUAAUUUUCCAGCACUGCACGGGAGCCUGAAAAAUGAUGCUGCUUUUGCUAAGUGCUGUGUUGAUGUCUUGCAAAGCUUUUAAAUUGUUCUUCUUUGUUUAUGAAGGAAGAUACUAAUAGAGUAUUUAAUAUACUCAGGGAUUUCUUCUAAGUGUACUUCAUAGGAGAUGAUUUUCAAACUGAAGAGAAUUUAAUAGUUAUUUUAAUGUCUUUAAAUAUCAUUCUUUGUAUCUUAAAUCUGUGAAAAUAGAACAAUUUGGUCUUAGCUUUACAUUUUUAGUACCAAAGAAACACCACUUAAUCUUCUCCCUUGAUUGAUUUUUAAAGUUUAAAUAUCAGUACUUGAGGGACAUAUUACCAUCUUAAUCUUUAUUUUAUUAUUCUGAAUUACACAGACCUAAUAUCAUCUUAUUCACAUAUGUCUUACUGCUUUAAAUCCUACCAAAGUAACCUGGGCUUAAGUUUUGCUGGAGGACUGCAUGAAUUAGCCAAGGAAAUGGCUGAUUGUUGGCUUUUCUUUUAUAAAAUCAACAAGAGAACUCUUCAUUCUUUUCAAAAAUAAAUCUAAAUUAUUACCUUGAAAAAUGUUUUACAGUGUCACUUUCUCCUAAAUAAAUGUGACAGUGGCAUUCCCUAAAAAAUUUAGCAAGUCACAUCUCUGAUUCGAGAAGCUGGCCUUUUUUUGUGCCUGGGACUUUCUCAUCUUACACCUAUCCCUUACAAAGCUCCUUCAAAUAUGCUAUCAAAUUAUAGGGAACAUAGUGCUUAACUGUGCUCCACGGAUUUUAGAGGAAAAAAGAUAAAUAAUUGGAAACUUUUCAGGAAAGAGAUGGCAGACUGUUCCAUAAAGCUAAAUGGAAUUAGCAUUUCACUUUGACCUCACCUAGCAAUCUGAGUGUGAAAAUAGGGAAAUUUAUGGAAGUCUAUAGCAUGGCUCAGCAUAUUUCUUAUAGCUGGGUUUUACAUAUAAACCCUUAGAUCCUCAUCCACACAGAACAGCACCGGUCACGUUUAAAUGCACGAGUCCGUUCAAGACAUCCAUUUCCUACACACUGGUGGCCAGAGCAGGUUUACUGUGGCCCUUGAUGCCCAACAGAUCCACAAUGUAAGUCCAGGCAGGAGAGAAAUCUCAAUUUAUAUAGCCUCUUCAGAGCUAUAGGGCAAUUUAGGGCUGGCUUGCUGAGAAACAAAACCAAUGGGUACAGUUACAAUCUUGGCGUCCACUUUGUACAAGCACAGUCACUGGCUGGGAAACUGUGUCAACUUUCCUAUCUCUGUUUCUUAUGACUUCUUGAUCCACACAGCUAAACUAGUGAAUUCAAAUGAAUGCAAAAAAAAAAAAAAAAAAAGAUAAAAAAAAAAUUUCCAGGCAGAUGUUUUUUAAACAUUAUUUUAAAUUAUUUCAAAAGCAAAAAGAGUUAGAUUUCCUCAGUCAUCAGGAAGAUGCCACUGGCUUCGUGGAGCUUGACAUCCUAGCUUCAGAUUCUGAGCCCAUCGGGGGGAGCCCUGGUGGCCGAUACACUGCUUCAAGUGGACAAAUUAAGAAGGGAGUGGUUUAGGCCUCCGUUUAUGAAAUGAACUCUUCAAAGAAAUAUAUAUGAGUUGGAGGGAUGAUAAAUAAGGUGGCUCCCGGCUGGUCUCCUGGUCAUUCUGUCUCCUUCCAUUUUAAACAUAAAGCUGAGAACGAAUUAUCGAGUUCUCUUCCCCACAGUGAAAAGAAGAGCUGGAUUUCAUCCACUCAAAUUCCUCACCAAGUACUUCUCAAGCAGAAUCUGGAUUUUUAAAAGGCUUCGCACCCACUACGUAGAGCUACUUCUUGUCACAGUUUUCAUAGGGGGGAAAUUCUACUGAAG